AUGAAUUUUUGUCCAUGCUAUAAUAUUGUAGUUACCGAGGGACAUAAGUGUAUCAAGUUUGAGAGCAAGUUGCGUUCCGAGAUCAAGCAAGGUAUUGAAUAUCAGGAGAUCCGCCAAUUUUUUGUGCUGGUAAAUAGGUGCAGAAUAUAUGAUGAGGAUAGAAGAUCCCAAUCUGCUCACUAUAAGAGUCUCAGUGAAAAUAAAGGGAAGGCUAAGAAUAGUGGGAAACCUUAUGGGAAUUCGUCCAAUAAGGGUAAACAUAAGGCUGAUCAGAAGGAGGCAGGUGGGAAAGAGAAAAGUGGGGGAAGGACUCUUGUUUCUGUGAGAUGUUUCAAAUGUGGUGAGUUUGGACACCGUAUUUUUGAGUGCAAAAGCACAAUUGUGAAUUGCUUUAAGUGUGGGAAGCCAAGUCACGGAGUUGUCGAAUGUAAGAGUAAUAGUCUGACUUGCUAUAAUUAUGGAGAGCAUGGUCAUAUUAGUACUCAAUGUGAGAAACCUAAGAAGGCUCACUCUAGAGGGAAAGUUUUUGCUUUGUCUGGAGCAGAGACUACUACAUUUGAUAACUUGAUUCGAGUUAUAUUCUUUAUUAAUAAUAUUCCUUUGAUUAGUAUUAUCAUUACGGUUGUGACAUAA